UGUCAGUAGAAAUAAUAUGUGUCACAUUUUUCUACAUUUUUACUUUUCUUUAUACCGAUUAUUUAAUUAAUUUUCCAUUUUUAUAUAAAUCGAAUAAAUAAAGAUGGUUUAUCCGCAUGCCUACCGUACAGAACAUAGUGAAACGCAAACUACCAGCGGUAGUUACGGGGCGUAUUUUCUUGUAAAACAAAGUAUGAAAAUUAAGAUCCAACCUGCCCUAUUAAAAAUAAUACAAUUCAUAGAUUCAAACAGGAAGAAUUUCUUAAAAGAUUUAGAACACGCAGUUAAAAUACGGUCUAUUACAACAGACAUACAAUACCGAUCUGAUGGUAAGAAAAUGAUAAAGUUUAUAGAAGAUUGGUUGGUAAAAUUAGACUUAAGGUACGAAUGUUUUAAUAUUGGAUUCUACAACCUGAAUGGCCAGAAGGUUAGAAUUCCCCCAGUUAUAUUAGCUUCAUUGGGAAAUGACCCAAAUAAAUACACGGUUGCUGCGUAUAUGCACGCCGAUGUUCCAGAUCCUAAAGGUAAACCUUGGAAAACUGAUCCUUGGACUUUAACCGAAAUAGAUCAAUUUUUUUAUGGAAAUGGUGCCGGAUGUGGUAAAGGUCCUUUAAUGUGUUGGUUACAUGUUAUUCAGGCAUUUAGGUUUCAUAAAAUGCCAUUACCAGUGAAUUUAAGAUUGGUUAUUGAAAUGAUGCAUCAUCAAAAUAGCCUAGGAUUUUCGUCUUUCGUCGCAACAAGAAGGCAAGACUUUUUUAAUAGUGUGGAUUACGUAAUUGAAUGUGACGGGGAAUGGUUAGGCCCUAAGUGCCCAUGUAUAAUUUAUGGAACUGUUGGAGUUCUUCAUUUUGAAAUGACCAUUGAAGCAGUACCUGAUUCCAAAACUGAUAUUAAAGAAGACAUGAUAAAGAUUUUUGAGACCAUAGUUGAUGAAAAGAAUAAUAUAAUUAUUCCAAAUUUUAGCGACAUGGUGGAACAGAUCACUCCCGAUGAAGAGCGAAUGUAUGAAAAAAUAAAUGAAUUUAACAUUGACGAAAUAAGGGACUCUUUACCGCCACACAAAAAGUCCUGGGACCAAGUGAGGCUUCUCAUGAGUCUCUGGAGACUGCCACAAAUAUUUAUUGACGACAUAGACGAAUGUAUUUGCGAUAAAAAAGAUAUGAAUAUCGUUAAAAGACAUUUCAUAGUGAAGAUAGUACCACGUCAAAUAAUCGACAAAACUGAAGAAAGGAUCCAAAAUCAUAUUAAAAAUGUUAUCAAAACGUUGAAUAUAAACAACAGAGUCACAUGCAAACUGUUGCGAUCUACCAGAACGUGGAUUGAAAAUCCGGGUUCUCAUAAUUUUCAAGCAGCGAGGAAAGCUAUGAUUCAGAUCUAUAAGCAAGAUCCAAAUUUAAUUAGAGAAGAUCGAGGAAGGGAAAGCCCAACUGUUUUUGAUAGUGUUCUCGAAAAGAAUAUUGUUAUGGUACCACUUUGUUCCAAGAACUCAAAUCAGGCUGAGGCGAAUGAAAGUAUUUCUGCUAGAUGUUACUACGAAGGAACAAAAUUGUUGGCGGCCUACAUGUUCCAGCUAGCCGAGAAACCUAAAUCAAAAACACAUUUAAAAUCAUAAUAUUUUUAUACCUAUACAUUUAUUUUUAUAGUCCCUUUAGAGUGUUAAACUUGUAUGAUUAUAGACAUGUUUUUUUGCAAUAAAAUAUAUA